GAGUACUCAGGAAAUAUUCAUUCACCGUUUUAUUUUGCUAAACUGAAACUGUAUAAAGAAUGUAGAAUUUAGUGAAGAAACACAGAAUAUUUAUAUUAUUAUUUUCUCACUGGUCUCUCUGUAUAUAGUCAGAGAUAGACUUCUCUAUGACUCGACUGGGAGUCCUACUCUGGCUACCUGAGAUCAUUCCUCUAUAUGAAACUAUCAGAUGAACAAUACUCAUGAGUACUUUGCCGAAAGUUCUAUGAGUACUCAACAAUAUCCAAGCAUGAGUACUCAAAGUCGUUCUCACAGUACUCGUUACUCACUCAUGAGUACUCAUGUGAGUACUCAGUAAGUAAAAAAAUGUAUGAGUGCUCGUCCGGUUUUUCUAGUAGAGUACUUUUUGAGUACUCACACUUAAGUGCAUUCACUAGGGAAUUUACACAAUAAAAAACACGACAAAGUUAUUUAUCUUGUGCAUACGCCCAUGGGAUCUUUUUUCGGUAUUAUAACGCUAUAAAACAUGCUUUUUCUUAAAUUAUGGUAUUAAAACGCUACAAAUUUAUCUCACUACAACGCCAUAGGCGUAGCUCAGCGUGUUAUAACGCGUUGCAAACUUGCCAAAGUGCUAAGGGUAGUAGUGUAUAAUUUCGGAUUGGUUGGGAGGAGUUAUACAAAAAUGGGAAUUGGAACUGGAACUGAUCGAUUUUUUCUUCUUUAUUCUCGUUUUCUCCCUAGUGAACAAUAUUACAGAUCCCAUUCAUGUCUCAUUCCAUAGAGAAAAGUUCAGAGAUGAGCACGUCAGGUCUUUUUCAGACUUGACUUGGACCUGAGCCAUUUCUGACUUGAUCUGUCCAGCUCUAGAAUAAUCUGCUCCAUAAUCCUGUACUUUCACACAAAUAUUGGAAUAAACAAUUUCGAAAACAUUCUUUUCUCUGAAACACCCGGAAAAAAGGACUGCUUCAUGGCUAAUUGGAGGGUCAAGUCGAGCUGGGUAGGGUCAGAGUACUUAUUGAGUACUGCGAGUUGGAUCGCCACUAAAACAGUAAAAAGUUUGAGCCACUAAAACAUUCCAAAUUGCAGACGAAUGUUUCUGAGUUUUCUGCGCAUGUAUUUGGAAGGAUGAAAUUAGCUUCGAGACCGCGUGCAGUUGGUGUUGCAUUUCUACAUUGGCUACAGAUAAGAAUUACAACAAACAAACGAAAAGAAGCGUAUUUUUUUGCAUCUCUACUCCAAUUGGGUCAGAUCUUAAAUUAAAAGAUCCAAUCAGCCUCGAACUUUAAGAGGCAAUUCAAGCUGAAUCCUAGAAAACUGAGCCAUUUUGUUUUUCGGUCGACGCGAAAAAAAAAGGAAAUGAAUGAGAAAUUGUGAUAAUGUGCGCGGACUAAAAUAAUAAAAUAAACUGAAGGAGGUCAGCAAAAACCAAUAAGUCAAGGCAAGGGUGUGUGUGGAAGAAGUGAAAAGUACGUUCCGUACAUCGUUUAUGAAUGAUUCUUUGGUUAGAUCCACGUCCAUUUCAUACAACCAUUCAAGGUAAAAUAUCAUAUUAUUCAUCUAUUCUAUUAUUAAUUGGUAUAGCAAUGUUUAUGCUAUCAAAUGGUAGCCAGAAAUCGCCUAAAGUACAACCACAACGAUAUGAACCAUAUAAAGGUCAUAAUUUGUACGACUGGAUUUCUUGUACAGUUGCAGUUAUUGGAUUAUGGAUUGUUGUUAUCGGAUCCUUUAUGAAAUAUUGGGUAAUGCUUAAUACAGAUUUUGAUAUGCGCUUACAUAAUUGGAAUCAAUCGAACAAAAAUGAAAAUGAACUGAAUAAUGAAACACCACCAAAAUAUAAAUUGAUGGAUUUUCGUCCAUAUCAUCUUCAUUUUUGGUGUAGUCUGUUACGUUUAGUAUUUUCCAUGAUUUUUGUAUUUGGUGCUUCUGCCAAUUUUUUAAAUCAAGUUAUACGCAUACCUUAUGGUAUGUUAUUGGCAAUAUUGGGUGGUGAUAGUGAACAACAUAGGUUUUAUAAAGGUUUUAUACGACUUUGUAAAAAAGAUCGAUGUAAUUUAGGUUUUUGGAUAAAUUCAUUAGGAUUUUGGAGCACUAUAGGUUUUUUAGCUGGUGGUAUAUCGAACUGGAAUAAAUUAUCAAUUUUAAAUAAUACCGGUAUUAUUGGUAUACAAUUAUAUCGUACAUUAGCUUACUGUAUAAGUGGAUCGUUUUUAUUAGAAAUAGCAUGCUACUUAAGUUUAUUAGAACUUUCAAAUCCGGAUUUAAUAGAAAUGUCCAUUAAUUUGCAAGUUUAUAUAAUUGGAAGUUUUGCUGCCAUUGGUGGUUUCUUAUUCGGUUAUGAUACCGGAGUUAUAAGUGGUAUUUUGGUAAUGAAAGAUUUCUUAAAUUAUUUUGGGGGUACUAAAGCUGUCACGAAUGGAAAUUUAGAAAGUUCAGUCGAUGGUGCUAUUGUUGGUGUACUUAUAGCCGGAUGUUUUUUCGGUGCACUUGUCUCAGGGCCUUCUGGAGAUCAUUAUGGUCGAAAAUAUUCUAUUGUAAUAUCUUGUAUAGUAUUUAUUAUUGGCGCUAUUAUUCAAACAGCCUCAGUUAAUUUGACAAUGCUAUUAGUAUCAAGAUUCGUAUCAGGUAUUGCUGUGGGAGCAUUGUCAAUGUUAAUUCCAGUUUAUCAAUCAGAAAUAGCACCAAAAGAAAUACGCGGUCGAUUAAUUUCACUUCAACAAUUGGCUAUCACUAUUGGAAUCGCCGUUAGUUUUUGGAUUAACUAUGAAAUUGUUCUAUCCGGUUCUAAUAAUUUAUCAUGGCGUCUGCCGUUAGCGUUACAAAUCGUUCCAGCUCUAAUUCUCGGUAUUGGUAUCAUUUUUUUCCCAUUUUCACCACGUUGGUUAUUGGAUCACAAUCGUGACCGCGAAGCCAUUCAGGUAUUGGCACGCAUUCGCACGGUCUAUCGAGACGAGCAAGAUCCACGUGUUCUCCAAGAGUACGAAGAAAUAAAACAUGAAAUUAAAAUGGAACGUGAACAAUCUGUACGAUCCUAUAUAGAUUUAUUACGGUAUCCGCUACGUCGUCGUUUGCUGUUAGGCGUAUUUGUACAAAUAUUUCAACAGUUAACUGGCAUCAAUAGCGUCAUGUAUUUUGCACCAACCAUAUUUAGACAAGCUGGUCUUGGUAGUACGGCGAGCACUCUUCUUGCUACUGGAAUUAAUGGAACCGUCAUUAUUCUGGCAACAAUACCCGCUGUAUUAUUUAUUGAUAAAUUAGGUAGACGAUUAACGAUGAUAUCCGGUGCAUGUGUGAUGUCUUUGUCAAUGUUGAUUAUCGGUGGAGUGAUGGGAUCGUAUGGAACAAAGCUAGCAAAUGUCGGCGUAGCAAUUCGAGGUGACGGAGCAAGAUAUACAAUUAUUAUUUUUGUCUACGUAUUUGUUUCUGGUUUUGCAUACUCGUGGGGACCAUGUGGAUGGAUAUAUCCCACAGAAAUAUUUCCAUUACAAAUGCGCUCUAAAGGCACAUCACUGACAACAGCUGCUAAUUGGGCAGCAAAUUGUGCUGUGUCAUUUAUUGUUCCACUUCUGAUACCAACCAUUUGGUAUGGCACUUAUUUGAUAUUUGGUAUAUUCUGUAUUAUUAUGGCUGUUAGUGUAUUUUUAUUUUACCCUGAGACAAAAAAUAGGAAAUUAGAAGAAAUGGAUGAUCUAUUUCAAGGACCAAUUAUUGUUAUUCUACCAACUAAAAAUAAUCAAUUAAGAUAUAAGUUUUAG